CAAAAGAUAUAUUUUUUUUUCUCCCCACAAAGUGGCAACAGCUGAUGUGUGUGUGGCUAGUUGGACAUCUCUUUCUGGCCAGCGAUCGAUUCCAUCUGCAAAAUCUGAGGUCAGCGCCUUAGUAACUACAAUAAUUCAGGGAAUCAUCCAACUGUACCAAGCCACAAGUGUUGUAUGCACACCUUCCACAACGUUUACAGCUUCAGACGCAAUAACAAAAAUGCCUAGAAUGUCUGCCUCCAUAACAAUAUCAUCCUCUGCAGACACUACUACAACAACAAUUCCACCUUCAUCUACUACAUCACCAAUGUCUGUAACGGCAACUCCUACCACAACACUACCAUCAUCUUCAGGUUCAAACACAAUAUUAGUUCUUACCACAUCUAGAACUAUGACUUCUUCCUCACCCGAAAUCUCGGCCCCAGAUGAUUCUACAUUGACAAUAUCUGCACCUCCAAUCUCUACAACAUCAGUGCCUGGAACUGGAACUGCAACUUUUACCACAAAAAUACCAACAUCCACAUCAUUACCCACAAUCACUGCAUUAACAGAAUCUACCACAUCAGUUCUUACAACAUCAUCAUCUGUCACAACAUCUGCCCCACCAGACUACAAAUCAACAACAUCUAAACCUACAAACUCUACACCAUCAAUGUCUUUAGGCUCUAUGACAUAUACCAUUAUGAAUUCAUCUUCAACCAUGACCACUGGACCCCCAGAAUCUACCACAAAAAUACCUAUUAUUUCAACCUCAGUCAGAGUAGCUACCCUACCAGACUCAGUAACAAAAUUAUCAGUGCCUCCAUAUUCUACAUCAACAAUGCAUGUAACUUCAGCCUUGACCUCAACAAUACCAAUAUUUUCAGCUUCAACAACAAGACCUUCAAUUUUAGUUCCAACCACAUCCAUAAAUAAGAAUUCAUCCUCAACCACAAUUACUGCCCCCCCAUAUUCCAGUACAACAAUACCUAUAAAUGCAUCUCGUGUCUCUCUUUCUCCCUACCCAGACUUUGCAUCAGCACUAUCUACACCUUCAUCCUCUACAACAAUACCUGUAACUGUAGCAGCUACUAGAAAUAUAGCAGCAUCUACAACAUCAACAAAAAUCACUGCAAAUGUAGAAUCUAGCACAGCACCUAUAACAUCAUCCUUUAUCACAAUAUCUACCUCUUCAGACUCUAUCACAACAAUAUCUAUACCUCCAUCCUCCACGCGAUCAAUGUCUGUAACUUCUGCCUCCAUAUUACCAUCAUCUUCAGCCUCAAUGAUAAAACCUUCAACUUUAGUUAUUACCACAUCAAAAACGAUGAGGUCAUCCUCAAACACAAUCACUGCACCCCAAGACUCUACCACAACAAUGCUUCUAACAUCAUCGUCUGUCACUCUACCUACAUCACCAGAAUCUGUCUUGACAAAAAGACCCUCUACAACAAUGCUUAUACCUGUAACCUCAAAAAGAAAUAUUCCAAUAUCUAUUUCAAGCACAAUCGUUAUACCGCCAGAAUCAAACACAAGAACAUCAACCUCUGUUACUACUUCAACUCCACCAGACUCUGCAUUGACAAAACCUGGGCAUUCAUUGUCACCAUCAUCAAUUCCUUUAUCCUCAGCUUCUCCUACAUCCACAAUAACAUUAUCAGCCUCAACCACAACAAAUGCACCCCCAGAACCCACCACAACAAUACAUAUAAAUGCAACUUCUAUCUCUUCAUCUCCCCUACCAGAUGUUACCAUGACAAAAUCUGCAGUUUCAUCCCUUAAAACAAUGCCAAUACCAGUUACCUCAAAAAGAAAUAUUCCAAUAUCUAUUUCAUCAAGUACAAUCAUUAUACCACCAGAAUCAAACACAAAAACAUCAACCUUUGUUACUAUCUCUACUCCACCAGGGUCUGCAUUGACAAAACCUGUUCAUUCAUUGUCAACAUCAUCAAUUCCUUCAUCCUCGGCAUCACCCACAUCUAUAGCAACAUCAUCAGCUUCACCUUCUAGACCAAUGUCUGUAACUAUAAUGUCUGCCAGCAAUAUAGCUACAUCUGCUUCAUCAAUCACGAUCACUACACCACCAGCCUUUACUAAAUUUGUGUCAAAAACUACAACUGGAUCAAGUACAUCGACAACGACUGUGACAAGAACUGCAAACAUGUUUCCAGUCUCUGCAUCAACAUCUUCAUCCACUAGUCACUCUAAACCAACAAUUUCUUCAGGUCCUCCUCCAGUACUGACAAGUGAAUCCGUAACCAAUGCAACCAUCCCAAGGACUGUGUUUAAAACUACAAUUGCUAGAUCUAGGACAACAUCAAGGACAACGGCAGCAGCUGCAAAAAGUGCUGCAAACAUUUCUCCAGUUUCUGCAUCAUCAAAUUUAUUCCUUUCUCAUAUCAAAUCAAAAGUCUCUUCAGCCUCUCCUCCAUCAAUGACAAGUGAAUCCCCAUCCCAUGCCACCGCCUCAAAAACUACAGCAGCUGGCUCCAGUGUAACACCAUCAACAAUGGUGACAGGUACUGCAAACAUUAUCCAAGUCUCUACAUCAUCCACUGCAUCAAUGACAAGUCAGUCCAUAACCCAUGCUAAUGUCUCACCAUAUAUGUCUAAAACUACAGUGCCUGGAUCAAUUACAACAUCAGUGACAUCUGCAACAGCUGCUAAAAGUGCUACAAACAUUUUUCCACUCACUCCCUCAUUAUCUUCGUCCUUUACUCAAAGUGCAUCAACAAGUUCUUCAGCUUCUCAUCCAUCAACGGCAAGUGAAUCCGUAACCCAUGCCCCCAUCUCAAUGUCCGUGCCUAACAGUACAGCAUCUGGAUCUAGUAUAUCAACAUCAACUGCAACAGCCACUACUAGUACUGCAAACAUUUUCCUAGUCUCUACAUCAUCAUCUUCUAGUCAAACUUCAAGAAAAAACUCUUCAGCAUCAUCAUUUUCAUUCCCAAGUUACACUGCAUCAACAAGCUCGUCAACCUCUGCUACAUCAGUGACAAGCAUAUCACAAAUCCAUUCCACCAUCUCAACAUCUGUGUCUAAAACUAUAGUAGCUGCAUCCAGUAUAACAUCAUCAACAACUGCAACAGAUACUGCAAACAUCAUAUCAGCCUCUGCGUCAUCAUCAUCAUCCCUUAGUCACAGUAUAUCAACAAGCUCUUCAGCCUUGAUUCCAUCAAAAACAAGUGAAUCCCUAACCCAUGCCACCAUCUCAACAUCUGUGCCCAUGACUAUAGCAGCUGGAUCUCAUGCCCCAACAAUUGCAACAGCUGCUACGAGUACUGCAAACCUUUUCAGCUUCUGCACCAUCAUCAUCAUCCCUUAG